AUGACCAACAUUGAGCCUCAAGCUGUACAGUCUACUCAGACUCCAGAUGGCAUCACAACCAUCUCCAUCUGUCGUCCACAUCGGAAGAAUGCAGUAGAUGGCGCAACUGCUACAAAGCUCGCCGAGGCUUUUGUAGCCUUUGAGAACGACCCGAACCAGAAGGUUUGCAUUCUUUAUGGUGCACAUGGUACCUUCUGUGCUGGCUUUGAUCUUCACGAAGUCGCCAAGUACGAUUCAGGCCAAAAGCCUGGAGAAUAUCGAGGUCCCACUGUUGACCCCAGACACACUGUUGACGGCCGAAAUAGUGGCCCUAUGGGACCUUCGAGAAUGCAGGUUAAGAAGCCUGUCAUCAGCGCAGUAGCAGGAUACGCCGUGGCUGGCGGUCUAGAGCUGUCGCUGAUAGGAGACAUACGCAUCGCUGAAGAAGAUGCUGUCUUUGGUGUAUUCUGCCGCCGAUUCGGCGUCCCGCUCAUCGACGGUGGUACAGUUCGUCUUCAAGCCAUCAUUGGCCUAGGCCGAGCUAUGGACAUGAUCCUCACAGGGAGACCCGUCAAGGCUGAUGAGGCGCUACAAUUUGGUCUUGCGAAUCGAGUUGUGCCAAAGGGUCAGGCGUUGGCAGAAGCCGAGAAACUCGCCAAGCAACUUCUGGCGUUCCCUCAAGAGUGCAUGAAUGUUGAUCGUGCUAGUUGCUACUACUCCGCAUACAGCGCGACCUCUUUCCAGGACGCGCUCAGAAACGAAUAUGAGAAAGGUGUCGAAGUGAUUAGCACGGAGAGUGUGAAGGGUGCAGUGGCUUUUAGUGCUGGAGCUGGAAGGCACGGUGUAUUCGAAACGAGCAAGUUCUGA